CGUGCGUCAUCGUAUGAUGCGGGCUAAAGAAUCUGGAAGUCAGAGGUGCGUACAAUGCUACAACACGUCCUUGCCUUGCUACAUGUGGUUAUGAGAAAACUCUGAGCUGGCUCGGACCGCGACAGCAAAUGAUAUAGGUAAAAACUAAGUACGUCAGCACAGAUCACUGUACGUUUUUUAAUCUUAUUCCGAAGGUGGUGAACCGUGAAAACCCACUAGCCCAGUAACUAAACAAGAUCCUUUUGGACAAAACUGUACAUUUUAUCAGGAUCAGUAGACCUUUUCUAUCCGGAGGAGAAUUGAUGGUGCAUGUUUUUGUUAUUCUAGCAUGUACCAUGUAUUCCCCAGCUCCAGUGCCUUUUGUCGUGUUCUACCCGACGCUGCGUUCAACAGGGCAUCUGUCUCCUGAAUUUGGCUAGCCUCUAUUAAACCCACCCACCAACGCACACCCGUUCCGUUUCUGGCGCACAGCACAGUCACAGUGAGUGCACGGCAUCUUUUCCGCUCCGCUCUCCCACUCCCCCACAGUCCCACGCCCUCCAGUCAAAGCAAGCCGCUGCUUGGCCGGCCGGGAAGGCUCGGUCGCAGCGCCGAGGAAUGGCGGCCAAGCCGGUCACCGUCGGCGACCUCAUCCACCGCGUCGCCUCUUCCUGCCUCUCCAACCGCCUGCCGUGCAACCACACCUUCCGCGACUCCGUGGACAGUGACUUUGACGACGACGACGACGACCCCUUCGCCGACGCCGUCUCCAGCAGCGAGAAAUGCCGGCGGUCCCCGCCCGCUGCGGAGGUCGAGGAAGAGGAGGACGAGGACGAGAAGCUCAAGAUCUGGGAGGAGAGGGAGCAGGAGAAGGAGAGGCUGGCCGCCGCGUCCAAGGGCGCCGAGCGCGCCCGCGACGCGGACGCGCUGAUGGCGGAGGUGUUCGACGCCGUCUCCGGGGUGCGCCGCGCCUACGCCGCGCUCCAGGACGCGCACUGCCCCUGGGACCCCGACAAGAUGCGGACUGCGGACGCGGCCGUGGUCGCCGAGCUCCGCCACCUCGCGCGCCUCCGCGACCGCUUCCGCCGCUCCGCAGCCGUGGGCCACAUCCCGCGCCCGAACCCGUCCGCGCCGCCGCUGCGCGAGGCCGUGGCGCCGUACGAGGCGGCGCUCGACGACCUCCAGCGCCAGCUCCAGUCCAGGCAGGCCGAGGUGGACGCGCUCAAAGAGAAGCUCGCGGCGGCCACCAGCCGCCGCAACGGGCGCCACCACCACGUCCCGCCCUCCAAGCAGAACGGCGGCGCGCCGACGGCGGAGCUCUUCACCACCUGCGCCGAGCAAGCCCGCGCGGCGACGCGGGCCUUCGCGGGGCACCUCGCGCACCUGAUGCGCGCGGCGGGGCUGGAGCUCGCGGCGGCCACCCGGUCGCUCACCAAGAUCCCGGUGUCCUCCCCGCAGCUGGCCAAGCACGCGCUGGAGGCGCACGCCACGCGCGCCCUCCUCGGCGGCUUCGAGCACGAGUCCUUCUACCUGGACGGCUCCCUCUCGUCGCUGCUGGACCCCGCCGCGUUCCGGCGGGAGCGGUACGCGCAGUUCCGGGACAUGCGCGGGAUGGAGCCCGCGGAGCUGCUGGGCGUGCUCCCGACCUGCGCCUUCGGCCGCUACGCCGCCGCCAAGUUCGCGGCGCUCCUGCCGCCGCGCGUGGAGGAGGCCGUCCUGGGCGACGCCGAGCACCGGAGGGUGGUCAACGCCGGCGCCCACCCGCGGACGCCCUUCUACGGGGAGUUCCUGCGCGCGGCCAAGGCCGUGUGGAUGCUGCACCUGCUAGCCUUCGCGCUGGAGCCGCCGCCCAGCCACUUCGAUGCCGGACGCGGUGCGGAGUUCCACCAGGAGUACAUGGAGAGCGUGACCGGCGCGCCACCGCACGGCGGCGCGGGCCUGGUCGUCGGGUUCGCCGUCGCGCCCGGGUUCCGGCUGGGGAACGGCGCCGUCGUGCGCGCCCGGGUCUACCUGGUGCCGCGUGGUGGCCGACCGUGACAGACCCAUGCAUGGCGUGACAGACCGCGUGGUAGCGUUGCAUAGCGCCGCGGCCCACGGAUCACCUCCGAGAGUUGUUGGUGGGUGCCAAUGCGCACCCUGCUGGAGCCUGGAGCUGGACCUGCGGAGUAGCUGCUGGCUGGCUGCGUUGGUGAAGAACAGACAAAGGCUCAUAGCUACUGUACUAGUGGCUCCGUAGAUUUUAUUUCAUUUUACUUCUCCUUGUUAAUCUCAAAAAAAGUAAUAAUCGCCAUGUGUAAGAGGACUUUGAAUUUAAUUCUCGCAUCAACAUCGUUUGUAAUCAUCACCUUGAGAUUUGACUUUGUAGUUAAGAGGGACAGUUAAGUUCAGCA